UGCAUGUAUAUUGUAGAGUAAUGUUAGGAGAUGUUAAUUGGAUAAUGUAAUUUGUGUACAAUAAAUUAUAUCAAAAAUGAAUUAUGAUACUAUGGCGCAUGUAGAUAAAUGCACAGAAAAUAAAUAUUUCCUGAAUGCACUGAAUUUGUUCUCUGAAACACAAUGGCUUCACAAUACGCCGGUUACGGAUUUAUUAACGAAGGGAUUACUUGAUUCAUUUCCAAAGGAGUGGUUGAAUGUUUUAGAAAUGUUAGGGAAUCAAGAACUCAAUGACUUUGUUGUGAAAAAGAAGACAAAUGCACACUGGCCAAAUGAAUUGAAAGCCUUCGUCGAAAAAUGCAAAUGUAUUGACCGAUUGCCAACCUCAAAUAUUGCAUUACUCGCAAAAUUGCCAAAAGAGUUCCAAUUAGGACUUAAUGAUAAAAAACAACACGAAAUAGUACACAUGGCACAUUUAGUGCAUAUGCAAUGUGCACGGCUUAAAAUCAAAAUGAUUGUCGACCUCGGUGCUGGGCUGGGAUACGUUUGCCAACUUCUACAUUAUUUGUACGGCUACAAAGUUCUGGGAUUAGAAAAAAAUCAGGAAAAUGUAAACAAUGCCAAACGCAGACAAGCCAAAAUGUAUCCUGAAUCACUACAACAUGUUAAAUAUAGUUGUUGCGAUUUAACAUGCAAUUCGAUUGCAACGAUCGAAGCAGUUUUGCGGAAUGAAUUUCAAGAAAAGUCGGAUGUAUGUUUGAUUGGUCUGCACGCUUGCGGAGAUCUUAGUAUCAAUGCAUCAAAAAUAUUUCGUGAUAUGGAUGCAGCUCGAAUUUUUAUUAUGAUAUCCUGCUGCUACCAUAAACUUUCAAUAUCGAAAGACGUAGAUACGAAUGCAUCAGCUAAAAAACAAUACUUCAAUAAUUUUCCAUUGUCUACUUGUUUCAAAAGUGUAAUUGAAAAUAGUAAUUUUGAUAUCGGUUGUUUUUUAAGACAGCCAUUUUUAAGAUUAGCAUGUCAAGAAUCAGCAGAAAGCUGGACAAACAUGACCACUGAAAGUCAUAGCAAACACUCCUUCUAUGUACUUGCAAGAGCGCUUCUUCAAUUAUAUGCUACUCAAAGUCAUUUUUCUCUUAAAAAACGUACUCAAAAAGGAACAAGAAAGUCACAGUGUUCGAAUUUCGAAACUUACGUUAAGGACUCAUUGAAGAGAUAUACUUUUCAAUCACAAAAAGAAACAAACGUCGAAGAACAAGAUGUACAAUUUAGCAGAGAAGUGUACGAGAAAAAUAUUAUGAAAUUAUGGGAAAUGCAUUGCGACAAACUAAAAAUGGUAGAACUUUAUACAGCUCUACAAUUAGUAUUACAAGCAUCCGCAGAAUCCCUUCUCCUUCAGGACAGAUUAUGCUGGAUGCGAGAACAGGGAUUAGAAGCAACAAUUAUUUCAGUUACUAAUAAGCGUUUAUCUCCACGGUCGUAUGCAAUCGUGUCGUGGAAAAACUAAAAAAUAAAUUUAAAUUUCCUUCACCAGUAAA